GUUAAUAUAUUUUCUUACUUCAUCAAUUUGAGCUCUUCUUUAGAGUAAUUAUUGGAUUUAGAUGAGAAGAGCUGCAAUGUGCUUCUCACUGUCACAGUUUCCUCGAUGUAGAGUUCAUACAUUGACUAAUUCAUGGUGGCAAAGUUUCCAUCAUAUAAAUAGGAUUGGUAAGGGAAGCAUUAGCUCCAAGGUUCUUGCCACUGGUAAACAGGGGCUGGAAGGUAGAUUUAAUAGUACUGAGAAUAGGCGGACUCUAACUACAAAAAGUGAAGGGAAGAAUAAGGCUGCCUUAAGUGAAAAAACAACUAUCAGACCCGAAAUAUUGGAUGAAACAACAAAAUCUGAAGUAGACAUAUAUAGUUCAGAAAUAACUGAAAUAGGAAGUACACAAUAUGUUGAUAUUCGACAAACAAUUACUGAAAACAAAGACUUGGCCAAACUCAUGACUUUUAUCAUUUUUGAUAUUGAGACCACUGGGUUUAGCAGAGAUCGUGAAAGAAUUAUCGAGAUUGCAUUGCGGGAUCUUCAUGGGGGUGCAAACAGCACAUUCCAGACAUUAAUCAAUCCUGGAUGUAUUGUUCCAAAUUCACAUGUCCAUGGAAUUACCACCGGUAUGGUCAACAGGCCUGAUGUCCCCAGGAUGGGGGACCUCAUUCCGAUCUUGUUGAGGUAUGUAGGAAGCCGCCAGAAACCUGGUGGAUAUGUGGUGUUGGUUGCACAUAAUGCUCGUGGUUUUGAUGUUCCUUUUCUAAUUAAGGAAUUCAGUAGAUGCUCUUUUGAUAUUCCCUCAAAUUGGUUGUUCGUUGAUACUCUUCCUUUGGCGCGUGAAGUCAUGAAGUCCGGAGGGUCAAAGCCAAAACUCAAAUUGCAAGACCUUGGUCAACACUAUGAGAUCCCUUUAGUUGGUUCUGCACAUAGAGCUAUGGCGGAUGUGCACAUGUUAACAGCAGUUUUUCAACGUCUGACUUUCGACCUGAAGUUGACAAUCCCUUCUCUUAUCGAAGGGCAUUCCUUUUGGCCAUCAGAAGUAGGAAGGUCAAAGAAGAAGAAGAAUUCUGGGUAAGCAUACUUAGAUUGUUCAAAUAGUCAGGUCAGGUGUAACAUUCUUUUUAGAGAAGUUAUUACUGUAAGCAAGUUGUAGAGUUAGCUAAUUCUUCCAUUAAAAUGGCUGGUCAUAACAUAAUCAAGUGUCGUUUAUGAGCCUUGGCAUAUGAUAUUUGCCACUCUUGUAUUUUAACUUCUCUUUCCUUGGGAAUUUGAAAAUUCCUUGUUUCAUUUUGAAGCUGUCUUUCAUA